AUGCGCCCUUUCAUCACCCUCUCUCUCCUCGCUCUCGCAGCCACUGCUGUCGCAAAGAGAGGAUGCGCCCACGACCCCAACAACGAAGGCAGUGGCUGGUACCAAGUCGUGUCCGGUGAUACUCUGGACGACAUCGCUGCAGACUUUGGCAGCGACGCCGACACCCUGGCAGCUGCUAGUGGCAUCGCGAACAAGGAUAUCAUCUUCCCGGGUGAUAUCAUUACUGUUCCUUGCCCAUAA